CGCCGGUCACCUGGGCAGAGCCGCCGCCGUCGCGCCGCGCGCCGGGGAUCGCACACGUAUCCGCGGCCAAGAUGGUGAAGCGGAAAAGCCUGGACGACAACGAGCAGGAGUGCGGGAAGGGAAUCCCGUUUCCCAUCCAGACCUUCCUGUGGAGGCAGACCAGUGCAUUCCUGCGACCAAAGUUGGGCAAACAGUAUGAAGCAUCUUGUGUGUCCUUUGAGCGGGUGCUGGUGGAGAAUAAGCUGCACGGGCUGUCUCCGGCCCUGUCAGAGGCCAUCCAGAGCAUCUCCCGCUGGGAGCUGGUCCAGGCCGCCUUGCCUCACGUCCUCCACUGCACCUCUAUCCUGCUGUCCAACAGGAACAAGCUGGGCCACCAGGACAAACUUGGCGUUGCUGAGACCAAACUGCUGCACACGUUGCACUGGAUGCUGCUGGACGCCGCACAGGAGUGCAACCACGAGCCGAGCCUGGGCCACGGCUGGUCCGGAGGCAGCAGCAGCAGCGCCUUCCUGCAGCCUGUGGGGAACCAAGGCUCGUCUCCGGGGGGGCCCGGCUCCUGUUCCGGCUCGGCUUUAGGGAGUUCGGGGCCGCAGCACAGUAGUUCCCUGCUGGAGGAGGAUGAGCACGCCAGAACCAAACUGUUCCACAAGAGUAUGGCCACCGUGGAGCUGUUUGUGUUCCUGUUUGCUCCGCUUAUUCACCGGAUCAAGGAGUCUGACCUGACGUUCCGAUUGGCCAGCGGUCUGGUCAUAUGGCAGCCCAUGUGGGAGCACCGUCAGCCGGACAUCCCCGCCUUCACAGCGCUCAUCAAACCUUUCAGAAACAUUGUGAUGGCCAAAAGGAACUCUCCAGGCAACAACCAGUGCAGUCCCUGUGGCUCUGCUAACCCAGGUCCCACGGGCUUCCAGGUGGUCUGUGAGGCUUCCCAAUCAGAUUCUUCCUCCCCGGCCACUGGCGAGCAGAGCUGUCGCCGUGCUAACUCGGUGGAGACAGGUGGUCCUUCCCAGCAGCCCAUCAAAGGUCCUUCCAAGAAAAAGACAUCGGCCCCCGCUGGCCUCCCAGUAUCGCUUGCCCAGCGUGCGCGCUAUGCUACUUAUUUUGACGUGGCAGUGUUGCGCUGCCUGCUGCAGCCGCACUGGACGGAGGAAGGCAUGCACUGGGCCCUGAUGUACUACCUGCAGCGCCUGAGGCAGAUCCUGGAGGAGAGGCCAGAAUACAUCCCAGAACCGCUGGUCUCCCCUCUGCCACGCCCACGAAGCAGCUCCAUGGUGGCUGCCACACCCUCUCUGGUCAACACCCACAAGACCCAGGAUAUGAGUCUGAAAUGUAACGAAGAGGAAAAAUCUCUGAGCACGGAGACGUUUGCUAAAGUAUCCAUGACCAACCUGCGCCGACAGGCGGUCCCUGACCUCUCCUCUGACCUGGGCAUGAAUAUCUUCAAAAAGUUUAAAAACCGGCGUGAGGACCGGGAGAGGAAGGGCUCCAUCCCUUUCCAUCCCACGGGGAAGAAGCGUCAGCGCCGGAUAGGUGUUCCAUUCCUGCUCCACGAGGACCACCUGGAUGUGUCGCCCACCCGCAGCACCUUCUCCUUCGGAAGCUUCUCCGGUUUAGGAGAUGAGCGGCGGGGUCUGGACCGCAGCGGCUGGCAGGCCACCAUCAUGGGCAAGUUCACGCGGCGAGGCAGCACAGACACAGCUGCAGACGCAGACAGCCUGAGCGCAAAACACUCUCAUUCCCACCACUCUCUGAUCAGAGAGACGCCCGAUCACUCCAACAGCCACAGUGAAACUAUCGUCAAAGAGGUGCGAUCUCAGAUCUCCACCAUCACCAUGGCGGCAUUUAACACCACAGUGGCGUCCUUCAACGUGGGCUAUGCUGACUUCUUCACCGAACACAUGAAGAAGCUGUGCAACCCCGUGGCCGUCCCUGAGAUCCCCGUGGAGCCGCUAGCAUGCGCUAACCUGCCGCGCAGCUUCACGGAUUCCUGCAUUAACUACUCAUGCCUGGAGGAAGGGGAGAACAUCGAGGGAACUAAUAACUUUGUGUUGAAGAACGGCAUGUUGGACCUCACAGCCGUCCUGCAGGCACUCUAUGCCGUCCUCAGCCAUGACAUCAGCUCCAGGGUCUGUGACGUGGCUCUCAACAUCAUCGAUUGCCUCCUCCAGCUCGGCGUGGUGCCCGGCAUGGGCAAGAAGCUGUCCAAGCCUGAUAACAAGGAAAACCAGGAAGCACAAGCCAAAGACCCAGUCGGUCAGGGCCUUGGAGGCGGAGCCCAGGGAGGCGGCUCCAUCACAGGGUUGGGAGGAGGUGGUAAUGGAGGUGGAGAUGGAGGUGGGGGAGGAAGUGGUGGGGGAAGUGGGCAGGGGAGUAAGGACGAUGUGAAGAAUAACAAGGAUAAUGACAAGAAGGAGGACGGUUCCAUCAUCAGCACCCACCGCCUGGCUCUGACCAUGCUCAUAAAGAUUGUCAAGUCUCUGGGAUGUGCGUAUGGCUGCGGUGAGGGACACCGGGGCCUCUCGGGUGAUCGCCUUCGAAUGCAGGCUCAGAACUGUCUAACCAGUCUGUACAAGCUCGACAAGCUGCAGUUCCGGCAAACGAUGCGAGAGUACGUCAGCAAGGACUCCCUCAACAACAUUGUGGACUUUCUUCACGCCCUGCUGGGCUUCUGCAUGGAACCCAUCACUGACAAGAACGGCAGUGCAGGUGAGAGGUCCAGGAGGGCGAAAAAAAGAAACAUCGACAAGGCUGGUUUUGGGAAUAACUUCGCUACUGGGGACAACAAGUCGUUGGCCCAGAAUAUGGAGGCAGUGGUGGUGGGCUGCAUGUUCAAGUCCCUGAUCACUCGCUGUGCCUCGACCACACACGAGUUACACAGCUCAGAGAAUCUGGGUCUGUACUGUGACAUCCGUCAGCUGGUGCAAUUCAUUAAGGAGGCCCAUGGCAACGUGUUUCGCAGGGUGGCGCUGAGCGCGCUCCUGGACAGUGCCGAGAAAGUCACGACAACUAAGAAACCCGAGGAGAGGGAGGAGCCCAAACUGCCUGGACCCAAGAGGUCAGAGGUGGGCGUGUCCGGGGAAAAAGGUCAGGUGUCAAAUGCCGCAGAUGAGUGUCGCAGCUACAUCUCCAGUCGACCCCCGCAGACCCCAGAACAUGAAGAACCGGUCCCGGGUACUCUGCUGGGCCGGAAGGACUUUUGGAGGAAGAUGUUCAAAUCGCAGAGCGCAGCCAGUGACACCAGCAGCCAAUCAGAACAGGACACCUCAGAGUGCACCACCGCCCACUCAGGCACCACCACUGAACGGCGAUCCCGCUCACGAUCCCGACGCAUUUCCCUCCGCAAGAAACUGAAACUUCCAAUAGGUAACUGGUUAAAACGCUCAUCUCUGUCGGGUCUGACCGAUGGCGUCGAGGACCUGCUGGACAUCAGCUCAGUCGAUCGACUCUCUUUCAUACGACAGAGUUCAAAGGUGAAGUUCACCAGUGCUGUGAAAUUGGCCGAAGGGGUUGCAGCAGGGCCAGAGUAUGGCAGGGAAGAGGAGGAGAAUUUCUUCAAGCGGCUCGGUAAAUGGAGGUCUGGCAGGAGGAAUCCAUCCAAGCUUCACCACACAGAAGAGAAAGAUGGCCCUCAUGGGUUUCAGGAAUGUCUUGCGGCCAGUCAGGAGGCCAUGAAGAACAAGAACGUGGUGAAUUUGGGCGCCAUCCGACAGGGUAUGAAACGUUUCCAGUUCCUCCUGAACUGCUGUGAACCAGGAACCAUCCCUGAUGCCUCUAUACUGGCUGCAGCCCUCGACCUGGAAGCUCCAGUCGUAGCUCGCGCUUCCCUCUUCCUUGAAUGUGCCAGAUUUGUCCAUCGCUGUAACCGUGGAAACUGGCCAGAGUGGAUGAAGGGCCACCAUGUCAAUAUCACCAAGAAAGGCCUGUCCAGGGGCCGAUCACCUAUCGUGGGCAACAAAAGAAACCAGAAACUCCAGUGGAACGCUGCUAAACAUUUCUGCCAGUGGGGAGAUGCCAUCAGCACCAGGCUGACUGAACUCUGUCACUUGGACAGCGAGAGUCCUGCCAACAUCUUGGGUUACAUUUACAACGAAGACACGAAAAGAAGAAUGAGAAAAGAAGACGAGGAGGAAGACUAUUUAGAGGACAAUACAGUCAAUCCUACAAAAUGUGGGUGUCCAUUUGCUCUGAAGAUGGCUGCCUGCCAGCUGUUGUUGGAGAUCACCACGUUCCUAAGAGAGACCUUUCCCUGUUUGCCUCGACCACGCACAGAACCACUCGUGGAUCUGGACAGUUGCCGCCUGCGUCUUGAUCCUGAGUUCGGUCGACAUCGCUACGAGAGGAAGAUAAGCUUCGCUGGUAUCCUUGAUGACGAGGAUGGGCAUGAUUCCCUCAACAGUAGCAGCCAUACUCUAAAAUCAGACAUCACUUGUGAAGAAAAAAAGCCCCCAGAGCCUCAGGGUGAGACCCGCCGUGACAUAGCACCAAUCCGGAAGAUUCGUAUUGGAGGCUCCCGGCUGCUUCAGAUCAAAGGUGCCCGUAGUUUCAGAGUGAAGAAAGGUGGCUCCUUGUCCUCUAUACGGCGGGCGGGGAGCCUCAAGAGCACCAAGCUGACCCGACAAGACUCCGAGUCAGAGAACGAAGACGGUCUGCUGUCCCAAACGCAAAGCAGAGACACCGUUACCGACAUUGGAAGUCCCUUCAGUACCAGUGAGCCCAGCAUUGAGCCUGAGGGCCACAGCUCAGGAGGAGCAGAAGACAACUACCAUCGCAACAUGUCCUGGCUCCAAAUUAUGAUCCUGUUGUGCAGCCAGCAGAGUUUCAUCUGCACCCAUAUUGAUUUCUGCCACCCACACUGCUACCAACAUCACAGCCGCUCUUGUGCCCGGCUCGUCCGCGCCAUCAAGCUUGUGUACGGGGAGACAGUGGACAGUCUGAGAGAAGACAGCGCCUCCUCUGGUAUCAUUGGGGGACGGGCUAAGAAGAACAAAGAGUGUUCGGACAAGUCUUGCCUGAGGACCCCGUCCGUGAAGAGACGUCCCACAGACUCCAACAUGGAAGGAAAAAAGGACACCGGCAUGCUCAAGUACAUCCGUAAUCAGGUGAUGAGUUUGUCACCAGCUCCUCUUUCGCUGCUGAUCAAAGCCGCUCCUAUCUUGACUGACGACAUGUAUGGAGACAUCCAGCCUGCAGCCUGGGAGCUCUUACUCAGUGUGGAUGAACACAUGGCAGCUGCUGCUGCUGCCAUGUUCCUUCUGUGUGCAGUAAAAAUCCCUGAUGCAGUGACUGAAAUGAUGAUGGCCGAGUUCCAGCACCAAGAAGCCUGUCAGCGAAUCAACUCUGUCCUCAAGUUUUACACGCUGUGGCGUUUCCGCUACCAGGUGUGGCCUCGCAUGGAGGAAGGAGCCCAGCAGAUCUUUAAGAUCCCUCCGCCAAGCAUCAACUUCACCCUGCCAUCUCCUAUCCUGGGAAUGCCAUGCGUUCCAAUAUUUGACCCACCCUGGGUCCCACAGAACACCGGCAGCGUUCAGGACCCCAUAAAUGAAGACCAGUCUAAAUCGUUCUCAGCGAGGGCGGUGUCACGUUCCCACCAGAGAGCUGAGCACAUCCUGAAGAACCUGCAGCAAGAAGAAGAGAAGAGGCGUUUGGGCCGCGAGGCCAGCAUCAUCACGGCCAUACCCAUGGCUCAGGAGGCCUGCUACGAGCCCACGUGCAGCCCGCCGCCUGAGCAGGAGGAAGAAGAAGAAGUGGUGAACCUGGCGUCACGCCGCCUGUCCGUCAGCCCGUCCUGUGCCUCCAGUAACUCCCACAGAAACUACUCUUUCCGUCGCGGCUCACUGUGGUCUGUCCGCUCAUUGGCCAGUGCAGAUGAUGAAGAGAACACAGCAGAUCACACUCCUACUCACCACAUGAUACAGCCCCCACAAGCUGUUUUCCCAGCAUGCAUCUGCGCUGCGGUCCUACCUAUAGUUCACCUCAUGGAGGAUGGGGACGUUCGGGAAGACGGAGUGGCUGUUAGUGCUGUUGCACAGCAAAUCCUGUGGAACUGCUUGAUUGAAGAUCCAGCCCUGGUCCUUCGCCAUUUUCUGGAAAAAUUAACAGUGAGCAACCGACAGGAUGAGUUGAUGUACAUGCUGAGGAAGCUGCUGCUCAACAUCGGCGAUCUGCCUGCACAGACGUCCCACAUCCUCUUUAACUACCUGGUGGGGCUGAUCAUGUAUUUUGUGCGGACGCCAUGUGAGUGGGGUAUGGACGCCAUCUCCGCCACGCUUACGUUUCUGUGGGAGGUGGUGGGCUACGUAGAAGGCCUCUUUUUCAAGGACCUCAAGCAAACCAUGAAGAAGGAGCAGUGUGAGGUCAAACUGCUGGUGACUGCAUCCAUGCCAGGAACCAAGACACUUGUAGUUCACGGGCAGAAUGAAUGUGACAUCCCCACCCAGCUUCCAGUUCAUGAAGACACUCAGUUUGAAGCUCUACUCAAAGAAUGCCUUGAAUUCUUCAAUAUUCCGGAGGCCAGAUCGGCACAUUAUUUCCUCAUGGACAAACGCUGGAACCUCAUUCACUAUUCCAAGACCUAUGUCAGAGAUAUUUACCCAUUCAGGAGAUCGGUUUCUCCUCAGCUCAAUCUCGUCCACAUGCUGCCUGAGAAAGGACAGGAACUGAUCCAGAAACAGGUGUUUUCCCGUAAACUGGAGGAGGUCGGUCGUGUCCUUUUCCUCAUCUCCCUCACUCAACACAUGCCGGCCAUACAUAAACAGUCCCACGUCUCUCUGCUACAAGAAGACCUGCUGCGUCUACCAUCCUUCCCAAGAACUGCCAUUGAUGCCGAGUUCUCCCUGUUCAACGAACCCCAAGGUAAGGAGCUUUUUGGACUGGACACCCUGCACAAGUUGCUUUGGAUUAAACUGCUGGAGGAAAUGUUUCUGGGAAUGCCCAGUGAGUAUCCGUGGGGCGACGAGAUGAUGUUGUUCCUCAACGUCUUCAAUGGGGCGCUGCUGCUGCACCCAGAGGACAGCUCCCUCCUCAGGCAGUACACGGCCACUGCCAUCAACACCGCUGUCCACUUCAACCAUCUCUUCUCGCUGAGCGGUUACCAGUGGAUCCUGCCGACAAUGCUGCAGGUCUAUGCUGACUAUGAGAGCAACCCCUUACUGAGGCAGGGCAUCGAGUUCUGCUGCCGGCAGUUCUACAUCCUCCACCGCAAACCCUUCAUCCUGCAGCUGUUCGCCAGCGUAGCUCCUCUGCUGGAAUUCACUACCAGCACGAGUACCGGUCUGUCUAAAGGCGUGUCAGCCCAGUGUCUGUUUGACCUGCUGGUCUCCCUGGAAGGGGAAACCCAGGACGCUCUGGAUGCUCUGGAACUGGUCAAAGCAGAAAAGCCUCUGCGCUCUCUAGAUUUCUGCUACGGCAAUGAGGAUUUGGCUUUUUCAAUCAGUGAGGCCAUCAAACUGUGUGUCACCGUGGUCGCCUAUGCCCCAGAAUCCUUCAGGAGUCUUCAGAUGUUGAUGGUGCUCGAAGCGUUGGUCCCCUGCUUCCUCCAGAAGCUGAAGAGCAACACAGCAACCAUGGAGUCAGCUUCAGCUGCCAGGGAUGAGAUUGCAGCCAUCGCUGCCUUAGCCACAUCACUACAGGCCCUCCUCUACAGUUCUGAGACCCUCACAAGGCCGAUGACGGCUCCUCAAAUGUCCCGCUGUGACCAGGGCCAUAAAGGAGCCACCACAGCCAACCACGCCAUGUCUGGAGGGGUCAACACCAGGGACAACCUCCACCUGCUGGAGGAAGGUCAGGGCAUGCCCAGAGAGGAGCUGGAUGAGCGCCUCGCCAGGGAGGAGUUCCGGCGGCCGCGAGAGUCCCUCCUUAACAUCUGCACCGAGUUUUACAAACACUGUGGGCCACGACUGAAGAUCUUGCAGAACGUCGCCGGCGAGCCCCGCGUGACGGCUCUGGAGCUGCUGGACAUCAAGUCCCACAUGAGGCUGGCGGAAAUUGCCCACGCUCUGCUGAAGCUGGCACCAUACGACACCCUGACCAUGGAGAGCCGUGGCCUGCGGCGCUACAUCAUGGAGAUGCUGCCCAUCACAGACUGGUCCUCUGAGGCCGUCCGCCCUGCACUCAUCCUCAUCCUCAAGAGGCUGGACCGCAUGUUCAACAAAAUCCACAAAAUGCCUACGCUCAGGUGCGCUCGCCCACAGGCGUUAUGCAGCAGGAGACAGGUGGAGUGGGAGGCGGCCAGCAGCCUGAUCGAGGGGAUCUGCCUGACUCUGCAGCGACAGCCAAUCAUCUCUUUCCUUCCACACCUUCGCUCACUCAUCAACGUCUGCGUCAAUCUGGUGAUGGGCGUGGUGGGACCCUCCAGCGUGGCUGACGGUCUUCCUCUGCUCCAUCUCAGCCCCUACCUGUCCCCUCCACUCCCCUUCAGCACAGCUGUGGUCCGGCUGGUGGCCCUGCAGAUCCAGGCUUUAAAGGAGGACUUUCCUCUCAGUCAUGUGAUUUCACCUUUCACCAAUCAGGAGAGGCGAGAGGGGAUGCUGCUCAACCUGCUUAUCCCCUUUGUGCUGACUGUUGGCUCUGGAAGUAAAGACAGUCCUCACCUGGAGCAACCUGAGAUCUUUCUGCUCCUGCAGACGGUCAUCAACAUCCUGCUGCCGCCUCGGAUCAUCUCCACCUCCCGCACCAAGAACUUCAUGCUGGAUGCCUCCCCAGCUCACUGCUCCACUCCGGGGGACACGGGGAAGGAUCUACGCAGGGAAGGUUUAGCCGAGUCCACCAGCCAGGCUGCAUAUCUGGCCCUGAAGGUGGUGCUGGUUUGCUUCGAGCGCUCUCUUGGCAAUCAGUGGUACCGGUUGAGUCUGCAGGUGAAGGAGAUGGCUGUGAGGAAGGUGGGUGGCUUGGCCUUCUGGGAUUUUAUCGACUUCAUCGUCCGAACCCGCAUCCCCAUCUUUGUCCUGCUGAGACCUUUCAUACAGUGCAAGUUGUUGACGCAGCCGGCGGACUCCCAGGAGGAGAUUACGGCUCGUCACCACAUCGCCGAUCAGCUGGAGCGACGAUUCAUCCCACGACCUCUCUGCAAGAGCUCCUUGUUCGCUGAGUUCAACAAUGAACUCAAGAUCCUGAAAGAGGCGGUGCACAGUGGCUCCGCCUAUCAGGGAAAGACGUCCAUCAGCACAGUUGGGACGUCAACGUCGGCGUAUCGGCUCAGCUUGGCCACAAUGUCACGCUCAAACACAGGCACCGGCACGGUUUGGGAGCAGGACAGCCAGCCGUCACGCCAGCCCUCUCAGGACACACUCAGCCGCACUGACGAGGACGAUGAAGAGAAUGAUUCAAUGAGUAUUCCCAGUGUGGUGAGCGAGCAUGAAGCUUCCCUGCCCAGGGCGAUAUCAGAGCGCCGUUUUUCCAGCCACGCCACCGGCUUAGCUACCUCACAGUCAGAGGGCCCUCGCACCACCAUGCUGCCCAGCCACAGUGAACCCAAUGUGCUAGAUGAGUCCCAGGGCCUUCUGCAGGAGGGUAACCUCUCUAGGGUUGCGAGUGUGCAGAGCGAACCAGGCCAGCAGAACCUCCUGAUGCAGCCUCCGUUAGGAAGGAAGCGAGGCCUCAGACAGCUGCGGCGCCCCCUGCUGUCCAUUCCAAAAACAGAACCACGUGGGCGUUCAGGAGCUAGACUGUCCACAACCCGCAGGAGCAUUCAGCCUAAGAACAAACCACUGGAAACUUUAUUGGACUGCGAAGCGCACGGAGACCAAAAAAGGUCAGUCACCUUUACAGAGCAUCAGGGGCCGCAAGCAUCCGCGGGCGUCAACAAGCCCCCAACACCCAGCACGUUUAAUCCUCCACCGGAGAGCAGCAGGGAAAGUCCUGGUCCUUCAAGGUCCCCCACCCUGGAAGUGCCGUCCUCAUCGUCCUCGUCCUCCUCCUCGGCCACAAUCACUGCUGACCUGCACAGACCCAUUAUUACACAGGUCCCUCAAGCUUUAAGCAGCAAAGAGAAACGGGAGCAGUGGGGCCUCCGCAGCAGCCUCUCCCCUCCACCUUGCGCCUCUCGCCCCACCACCCCAUCGCUCCCGUCCCGAACCUGCUCCCCAAUGUCGCUCUCCCGAAAUUGCUCCCCUCUGCCUUUGUCCCGCACCUCCUCUCCUCUCCCUCCAGCCCUCCCCAUACUGGCCAGCGCUCCGGCCCCCGGCCCCCCACUGGCGCCUCCACUGCCCCCCACUCCUCUUCUGGUCCCACCACCUCUGGGUUCAUCCAGGAUCAGAGAAAGUCCCCAGGAUGAGGACACGACAGCCCUCCUGCCUCGCAGCGAUGCCCUGCUGCACCUGGGCGAGGACGGCGGCACAGAGAACCCUCUCCUCGCCCCGCUGCUCCCCCCUCCCUCGCCCCGCCGGUCACCCCGCAGAUUGCCCCUCCCACUCUCCCCCGUCGACCUGGACCUGGAUGAGUCUCACGUGUGAGAUGAAUGCAUGGUGCAGGCCAGCAGGGAGCACAGGCAACGCUUAAAGGCAAAAA